AUGUCCUCGUUUACACACUCAUACUCACAAUCGGAGUCUUCUUCUUCAUACCAGGAACAACAAGCAUCUCGUGUCAGACACUCGCGUCCCUUUCGUCCGUUUUCGUCGUCUUCCAGGGCUCAUAUAUUCGAGCCAGAUCAACCAUGUAGCCUUAACGAGUUUCUUGGCGGAGUGAAUUACGAUCGGACCAAAGACGACAUCCAAAUAUAUGAUCGGGCAGUAAAGUUCUUUCGCAACGUAUUAAAUAAAAUAGAAAUUGAUUGUCAGUGGCACCAUUUUAAAUUCAUGGUAUUCGAAGAGGAUGAUAGGUUUUACGUAAAGGUUUCCAGAGUGAAAAAUCGACCACCGCCAGCGAAAGUUGCCAAUUGCUUGUCAUGCGAUAGCGAAUCAGAAACCAACCGUGCGUCUUCUCUUCCGUAUCCAUCAACAACCCUUGAAUGUGAGAAGCUUCAUCGGCUAUGGUUUGAUGCUAAAGCUCGACCAAUGUUUAUCGUUACUCCCGAACGUCAUGUAGAACGAUUGUCUGAUUGUACAGAUGAAGAGAUAUUUGAAAUGUUUCAUUUGACAUGUCAGUUAUUGGACGAAGAAGCAAGGUCGACUAAUGCGCCAUGGGAAACUGGCAUGUUUGAGAGAAUGACGUUGAAUCAUGGGAAUGCGAGAAAUUUGGAGCAUUUACAUUUAAAAAUCUGGGUAAACGAAAGCAAAUUUGAGUGGAUGAAAAGUAGAUGGGAUAAGGAGAAAAGGGAAAAGUUUGAGUUGCUCGAGUCUGGAUUGUAUCGGAGAGAUAGCAGGGUGAAGAGGAUUCCUCGGCGAAAAUGGCAUAAGGGAAGAGAGGGAGAGAGGGAACGAGAGGGAAAGCGAGAAGUUCGGUCUUUUUGA